AUGGACGUGCUCUUCCCCUUGGAGUCCGCGCUCGGUCCUUCCGACGAUGCCUUGCUCUCGCCCCCCCCUCCUUCCGCCGCCGCCUCGGCUUUCUCUCCAACGGCUAUCGCCGCCGCGUGGAAAUCCGUACACCAUGCCGCGGCUGGUGCGGCGGAUUCCGCGGGGGAUUCAGCUGCGUCGCCGGCUUCACAGCUGACGCGUGACCAGCUCGUCGCCCUGCGCCCGCAUUUGACGCUCUUGCGGCGGCUGCGCGUCAUCCUCGCGGCUCGGGAUGCCCAGGCCGCGUGUCUGGUCGAGCUGCUGACGCGGCUCGUCGCGCGAAAAACGGUGAAUGUGGACAUAUUCGCCUCUGAAGAAGCAGGAGCGCCUGGAAUCGCGGCGGAGAUCGCGGCGAGCUGCUUGCUGGUUGUGGGGGCGUGGAUCAGGAAAGUGCGGCAGCAGGCUGCUGCGGUUAAGAGGCCGGGGAACGUUCAGGGCAGCACGGUUGCAGGAGGAGAGGCAGGAGAGAGAGGAGAGCGAGGAGAAGCAGGAGGAGGUAGCGGGGUGGGCGGAUUUCAUGGCGUCAGUGGCGCGCAGUGGCGGGUGAUCAGUGGCGGUAUCGACGCGGCUCGUGCGGUCGUUGGCAGAGCGCAGGAUGACGGUGUGCGGGAUGCAUGGGGACAAGGAGACGAGGUGGCAGCGGGAGGGUGUGUGUCAGCCGCAGUGUACCUUCUUGGCGUUUCUUGCCACUGCAUGGCACAGCCGCCGCCGCCGCUGCCAAUGCAGGAGAGUGAGGCACAAAGCAGUGCAAGGCAUGAGCUAGUGCACGGCAUGGUGGCAUCACUGCACACCGCCAUGCGCCACUGCCCGCACGCCAUUGUGCAUUGCGGCUUCAAGGAGGCCCUUGCCGGCAUGGGCUAUGCCAUGCUCUCAUGCACUCUCACUCCCUCCCCUCCUCCCUUCCACAGCCCCUCUCCUGCACCCAUUCCCACCCCCACCUCUACCACCCAUUCCCCACCUCCCGGCGCACUCUCUACCCCGCUCCCAUCCCCACCUCUUCCUCCUCCCUUGGCAUCAGAACCGCCGUCCAUGUCCUUCCCUGCGCUUCUUUCGUCCCUCCUCUGCCUCUGGCCUCUGGCCUUCAAGCCUGCACCGCUGCAAACAGCAGGAGCCACAUCAGUAGCAGCAGCAGCAGCAGCGGUGCUGGUGGGUCCGGACGUACCCCUGUGGUCAGCAGUGGUACGGUGCCUUGAGUUCGUCACUGCUCGCACUUCCGUGCUGCUCCCACCCGCACAAGCAGCCUCUCUCCUCUUCUCCCUCCACUCAGUGCUCGCGGCAGCCCUGCCCUCCUCCACCCAUCCAUCCGUUCCCCUGCCUCGCAUCCCCCUGAGUGCGCCAGUGGCAGUGCUGUGUGUGAGCGGUAUCCUAAGGGGUCUGUUUGCUGCGCGCUACCACCACCUCUCGCCCGCCUCCUCCCCCUCCUUCUCCACUCUCACUCCCCCCUAUCUUGCUCGCUCCACUCUCGCCCACUCCACACAACCCCGGGGCCAGGAGCAGAGAAGAUUGGAGGCAGGUGCAGGGGCGGAAGGGACGAGGGGGUGGGUAGGCGAAGGGGUGGAUGCUGUGUCUCCUGCAGGCCUUCCUCGUGACCUGUGUUGGACCCAGGUCAUGGCAGGGGGCAGGCCCGGCCUCAUGACUGUGUGUGCUGUGAACGGGGCUGGGGAUGGCAUGGAUGGUGCGGCACUAGAGUGCAUGGCCGCUGCUGUGCUGUCUGACUGCCUGCAGCUCGGACCGUGGCAUGCUGCUGCUGCUUGCCUUGCGCUGCACGCACACACAGAUGCAGAGAGCCAUUUGAAUGCACAAGCGCAGGCAGCACAGGCACCAGCUCACGCACUAGUACACGCUCAAGCACAUACACAAGCCAGUGGACCACAAAGGUAUUCGGAGGGGUUGGAGGUGGUGAAGAUUUUGAAUGGGUUGGAAGGGGUGGAGGGGUAUACUCCAGCAGCGAGCAGGCAGGUGGUGGCAGCGCUGCCGCUGUGGGUGGAAGGGCCGUGGAUGCAGCAGGCAGGGGCGAUGGCGCGCUGUGUGUGUGACCUGGUGGAGGGCUCUCACGGCCUGGCUGCUCUGCACACUGCUGCUGUGAAGGCCAUGGAACCCGUUGUUGCUGCUGCUGCUGCUUCUGCUGAUGUUGGGAGAGGAGCAGGAGAGGCCGGAGCAGGAGGAGGAGGAGGAGAGGAGAAAGGGUUGAAGGCAGCAGCAGGGUCUGGAAGCAAAGGAGGGCGUAGGCGUUCUGCAAGUGCUGCAAUUUCAGCCGAAUCCCUUGUGCCCUUCCCGGCCCCUCCUCCUCCUCUUCCUCCCGUCGUUCCCCUGACCCACCGCGCAACACUCGUCUCCCUGGCACACACCCUCACACGCUUCUCCCUCUCUCUCAACUGCUCCCAUCGCAUGUUUGCUGCGUCCCUGCACACUCUUGCCACCGCUUCAGCAGAAGCAGCAGCAGCUGGUGCUACGGCUGCUGGAUCAGGAAGGAAUGGAGUAGCAGGGAGUAAUAGCCGUGUCAGCAGCAUCAGCAUCAAGCCCGGGCAGGCGUCUGACCUUGUGUUGUUGCAGAGAGCAGCAGAGGCAGCAACGACGGUGAGGGCUGGUGCGUUUGCAGCGACGUGCGUUGUGCUGUCGAGCAUCAGCAGCACCGUGGCAGCACUUACUGCAAAGGAGGAGGAGGACGGGGAGGAGGAGGAGGACGAGUCACUCAUAGAUGCGAGGCUGGCAAGGACGGCUGCAGCAGCGCCUGCAGCAGCAUCAGUCCCAACAGAAGCUACAGUGUCUGCGGCAGAAAUGAGAGUAGGCGACAGGGUGUGUGACGUUGCUGAUGAAGGGAAUGAGGUCGCGGGGAGGAACGGGGAAGAUGGAGAAAGGGAAUGGAAUGGCAGAAGCGGGGUGGAGGGCGGAGUUGAUUCGGCAAGGGAAAUGGGAGUGGUGGCAUGGGCAUGGAGGGACGUGCAGAGAAGAGUGGCAGUGGAGGCGUUGACCAGCUUGGCCUGGCUUGACUUCUCACGAGUCAACGUUGGUCAACUCUUUCCGGACCUUGUAGCAGCGAGUGUGGAUGCGGUCAAAGAGGGGGAGGAGGGAGACGCAAGGAGAAGUGGAGGCGGUGGGAGGGCCGGGGGGUUGAAGGGGUUGAGAAAGAAGGGUGGGGGGAGUGGACGUGGGGUGGAGGAGAUGGGAGAGGAUGGGAGAGGGGAGAGGACGGCGAGUGAUCUAUGCUUGUGCCUGCCGACAACCCAGCUGGUGGCUCGAGGAAGAGGCUCCGUGCUGCCAGUGCUUGCGUCUCUAUCCCCUCCCCCGCGCGCGUACCACUGGCAGCACGACCCUGCUGCCUCCUCCGCACUGCUCUUCCUCUUCCGGGCUCUGCCCGCUGCCCUGCCGCGCCUGCCCCUGCGCCUCUUCCUGCACCGCUUGGCACCACUCAUUGUCAUGCAUCUCUCCCAUCCACAGCCCAAUCUGUGCUCCGCCGCCCACACUCUCCUCGCCUCCUUCCUCUCCCUCCACACCGACUCCCUUCUCCUCCUCGCUUACCCCCCUCCGCACCCUCCUCACCCCGCGCCCAGCCCUCCUUCGUCCAUCUUCUCCGCUCUUCCUAACCUCCUCUUCCGUACCAAAACGCCCGGCGCCUUCUCUCAUCUCACCAGCACGGGCAAGAGUGGGGCAAUCAGCGGCGCAUCUGGGGGUGCGAGAGAGAGUGUUGAGAUUUCUGCAAGCAGCAGCGCAGGUACAUUGCGUGGUGCGGCGCAGGGGGAGAGUGGCAAUGAGGGGCACAGUGGUGCUGACAGCAGGGAGGGGAGCGCGGAGCAGCAGCCGCAGAAACAGCAGCAAGAGCAGCAGCAGCAGCAAAAAGAGCGGGAGCGGGUGUUGGAGGAGAUAGAAGGAGUGGCGCUGGCGUAUGUGGAAGAGUCAGUCAAGUGCUUCCCUGCCAUCACGCCUUUCGAUGCCUUUCGCCAAGGCCUUGGAUCCAUUGCUCGCUGCCUCCCCCCUGGGCGCCCGGUCACUGUGCUGUGCUUCCGCCUCUUGUCCCGCCGCGUGCUCUGCCUCAUUGAUUCCGCUGCUGCUGCUACUGCUGCUGCUGCUGCUGGCUCUACUGCUGCUGCUGCAGAGAGAAGGGAAGGGAGUGAGGCCAACAUCUUGCCGAGUGUGGAUGGAAUGGAGGCAGAGAGAGUGGGGAGCGAUGGGGAUGGGCGACAAGGUGAGGGUGUGCAGCCGAGACGGGGGCAGGGGGAGAUGGGGAAUGAGCAGGGUGGGUUUGAAGGGGAGGCUGCACACGGAGAGGCGGCAGCAGGAGGUGUGAGGGGUAUGUUGGAGCAGAAGGGUGCAGAUGGUGGGAGUGCGGUGCAAGUGGGUGACCCUGAUGGAUGGCGCCAGUUGCUGCAGCUGCUGCUUCAUCUCAUUCCAAUUGUGGAUGUGCAGGUUCUUCCUUUGUUAUUGCAAGAGGUGGCAUCAACCCUGGUGGCUAUCCACCCUGUACCGCCUCCAUCUACUCAAUCACACUCUCCACAGUCACAGCCUGCAGCCACACACAAGGAUGAGCGUAGCAGAGAAGACGUUGUCAAGCCUCGUUCGCAAUCCCUGCCGAAAGAGCAGCAACAGAAGCAGCAACAGCAGCAGCAGCAGUCAGCACACAUGGAGCAAUCAGUCACAGAAUCACCAGCUGCAGAGAGGCGGAUCCACAGCACAGAACCCAAGGCCCAUUCACCCUCCACCAAAGCACACCAGCCGCAGGGGCACGGCGUCUCAGGGGGUUCGGAGAGCUCUGUGGGGAGUGCAGAGGAGAGGGUGAGGAGGCAGUGGCAGCAGGAUGCGCUGGGGGAGCUGUACUCAGUGAUCUCCGGGUGCUAUGAUUAUGUGCGCAGGCCCAUGCUCGUUGCCUUCUUCCAGACUCUCUCCUUCAUGUGCAACCACACUGGCACUCAAUCCAAGCUGUAG